GUUCAGCGAUCGUCGCCUGUACCUCGGGUCUAGGACCGGCACGUCGGGAGGCUGAGAGAGAAGGACUGUUGGCCCUCUCCAAAAAGGAAGUGUUUCAAUUGCCCGUUAUCGCUCCGGAACACCGGAAACCGUGUCAGUGACGAACCAUCUUCCGUAACUGCUUCAAAACAAAAACACCACACACACACACUAUGACUGCUACACCGUCCAGCUCGGCCGUGCGCGCCCUAUCCCUGGAGUACAAAAGCCUGCAGGAGGAACCGGUCGAGGGUUUCCGCGUGAAGCUGCUGAACGAGGACAAUCUGUUCGAGUGGGAGGUGGCCAUCUUCGGACCGCCGGAUACGCUCUACCAGGGUGGCUACUUCAAGGCGCACAUGAAAUUUCCUCCCGAUUAUCCGUACUCUCCUCCGUCGAUACGAUUUCUAACAAAAGUCUGGCACCCGAACGUCUACGAGAACGGUGAUCUCUGCAUAUCGAUUCUACACCCACCGGUCGAUGAUCCGCAGAGUGGUGAGCUGCCGUGCGAACGAUGGAACCCAACGCAGAACGUGCGAACCAUCCUGCUGUCCGUGAUUUCCUUGCUCAACGAACCGAACACCUACUCGCCAGCGAACGUCGACGCAUCCGUCAUGUAUCGGCGAUGGCGAGAUUCGCACGGCAAGGACAAUGAGUAUCCAAACAUAAUUAGACGACAAGCGCAGGCUGCCAAGGCUGAAGCCGAGAAGGAAGGCAUCAUUGUACCGCUCACGCUCGAAGAGUACUGUAUCAAAUCGAAAACGAAACCCAGCGGACAGGAACCACAGCUCGAUAUGACCGAUUUCUACGACGAUGACUACGAUCUCGAUACGGAGGACGAUGACAACGCAUCGGUGGAAUCGUACGCGGACGGUGACGACAGUGGUAAUGGCGAAUCCUAACGAGGCUCACAUCAACCGGCAGCACCAGCGAACUAGCGCGGCUCGGGCGGCGUGGCCCAACACACAUACACACACAUCCAUACACCACACACCCACAGAAUCCCAAGGACACGAGCGACAACCAACUGAUGUAGCUGUGGGAGGUGAUGAGCGCAGGAAGGAUGUGCGAAGGACCCGAAAUUUUUGCAUGAAACCCACGAGCGCGCGCCGCGUGAGCGCGAGAUUUGCUCGUUUCCGACGUCGGCGUGGAUUGUGUAUUUUUGUUUUUUUUUCUUGAUAUUGUUUCUAUUGGAAAGCGCGAAGGAAAGGAGCAAACUUUUCCGGCAGCUAACCGCCGGAAGUAGUUCUGCCGUUUCGUCGCCAGUUUUUCCCACCCUUUUUCUGAUACAAAUGCUUGAUACGAAAUGUUCGAAACGCUUGCGAGCGCCUAAUUGAAUUCACCGGCGGAUCCGGUUGUGUGGUGUCCCUGGGGCUCGCCACCGAAGCAAGUGUUAUGUCCGUCGAAGAAGGAAACCCACGCGCCACGAUGCCGUUCGCGUAGGUAAUGGUGAAUGUUUUAAAGUAACGACGCGAGCUCCUUACGAUGGGAGGUGGAUAAAACGCGUAAGAAGCCUGAUCGGGGAAGGAGCAGCACAGAACAGCAUAAUAAGUGAGCAAGAUGGGGCGCGGCUUAUGUAAACAAAUAUGCAGUAAAAUUAUUUUUAUUCAUUUCGUUACAUUAGAUAUUGCGCGUAUUUAGUAUUCGAAAAAAAAAGCAAAAUAAAUGUUUAUACUUUCUCAAUUUUUUUUUGUACACACGCAGGGCUUUUGUUUUUAAUCAUUAUUUUAUAGAUUCAAUGUGGCGCGCGAUCGGCACGUUAGUAGAUACAGGAUAGAAAAAGAAAAGAAGCAACAAAAAAAUCUAGGGAGAGCUAUGCAAUAUGAAAUCGAUAUAUAUAAAGCGAGCGCGAAUCGAAGCUGAUCAUAAGGAAUCUUAAGAGUAAUUAAUUGCGUUCAAUUAAUCACUACCCGUGGGGUGUGCGUAAAGGUAGCGAUUACACUGCGAUACGAACACAACGGGCUCUCGUGAUUGGGGAGUAAAGUAAGAGAGUAGCCCGGUAGGGAAAGGAUUGUCGUUUUUUUUGUCGCAAAUAUCUCAGAUCUAAGCGUCAGACAUGUACACGACUCGGCGCCCCGCAGAUAGAUAUGUAUAUGUAAAGGAAGUUGCACCCGUUGCUGCAGGUGGAGCAAAUUUUAGAAUCGGAAAGGACUGUAUUUACGCUUCGAAGAUGCUUCUCAUUUCGGCAGCGAAGUAAUAAAAAAAUUGCGCGCGAGAAACUGUAAGAACAAGCCGAAACAGAUUGGGAACGCGUGGAAAAGAAACCUGAUACUGGUUAAUGUUUGAGGAGUAAAAGGAUCGUUUGUUCGAUGCAGCGAUGGCACGCCCCGGGGUUGAUGAAGGGAUCUCGAACCCCUGGCCGAUGCAGGGAGUUCGUUAGGCUGUAGAUUAUGAUGAGCCAAGCUGCGCCAAAAUCACUAAGCAAACCACGAGAGACCCGGUCAGCUUUGUGGGCACGAUAUAAGACGCUGGAACCAACGUAUUAUUACUGAUAUAAUAAAAAUCGUAUGUCAUUUUUUUAAACAAGUUCAGUGCAAAUCAACCAACAACUGGACGAGAAAUGGAACUGUGCUUGUGCGCAUAUGCUUGUCCGUGGCCAACGAAAAAAAAAAAGCAAAAAUUAGACAAACUAAACAAGGGCUUGACCAACACGCAACCCUGGUUUAUACAAUGCGCUGCAAAAAGAAACAAUCUUAAGCACGGAACGUGUUCGUAUACGUUUUUUUUUUUAAUUUUUUCAAUUUAACUCCUCUGGGGCUUCAGUUUCUUGCCGCAAAACAAGCUGUAGGUGUCUAUCAUUUCCCAUUGGCACUGAAAUGUAAAUAUAAUAAGGCGACACUAAAUUUGGGAGUAUUUAUGCAUUAUUUGAUACUUUCUAUACAAAAAAAUAUGGAUGAUUUUGACGGACGGGCACCAAAAGCAACCCAUGAUCUUGCAUCCGAAUGUUUCAAGGAUAUCUACGAUUGGGCUUCUCUUUGAUGCUAGUACUAACCCUUAUGAAACACACCCGUUACGGUAGAAUGAAGCAACAAAAAAAUAGGAACCUUUGCUUUUUGUGGGUGGAAGGUUUUUGUUCUUUUCCGUUCAAGAAAUUUAAUCGACAAAUGUGGUUUCUUUUACUGAGAAUCAUAAUACAGCUACAGGGUGCCAAACCGCGUACGCAUUGAGCAGGUCAUACACAUAAUGUUUGGUCACAUUGGUCGCCGCGACGGGAGUGUCCUUCACGAGGCGGUGGCGCAUUAUCGUAGGGGUAACUUUUAAGUAUUACUUUGGCGCAAAUCCGAACAACAGAGAACCCAACCGCCGAAGAGCGCGGGUUGGAGGUAUUAAAAUCGAACCGAUUUAUACGAGCUAGCACGGUUGAGGCAGAAACAAAAAAUAAAACAACGUAGAAGCAAUAUACAGACAAGAACAAAAAAAACAUAAAUCCGAGGUUGAUUAAACGUUGCUUGCGUUGGGUUCCGUCGUUUGCUCUCACGCGUCUGCGAGCGACGAAAAUGUUGAGUGCGAACGAGUGCGUAAAAAUAAACGGGAGUAAAAUGAAAUCGUAGAGUUUGUUGUAAAAGCAAGCAAAAAAAAAUAGCCAACCAAUGAUCGUCGUAACAACAAAAAAAACCCUGGAUGCAGUUGCAAGCAUUGCGCCACCUAAAAUGCAACUAGUUUACAAAUAGCGGGCUCAUCGGCAAAGAAUUGUUUCAUAGUGACGGAUGGAUAGGUGGAUUAUUUAGAGACAUAGAUAAUAUAAGACAUUACA